CCGGCGGCGGCUUCUUCCGGCGGCGGCUCCUUCCGCCGUUGCGUUGAAAAUGGCGGCUGGAGUCGGUAACGGUUGCCUCCGACGCGGGCUGGAGUGAUUUGCGGCGCUGCCGAGGGCCCAGUUUGGUCGUCGUACGUCAAGCAAACACCGCAGGCGGUGUUUGAAAAUGGCUCAGAACUCGGCGUCUCUGUCGGCCGGCGAUCAAGCCAACAGGGUGGCCUACCGGUCCUCCCAGGGCGAUCUCAACCAGCCUACCGUGGCUUGGGCGAUGGUCUCCGGAGACAGCUUCCUGGUGACCAGUCUUGAACCGAAUCAGGCAGGACCUCGCCCGCCAGCGCGACCCAGCGUUCGGACCGACAGACGUCGAAUGCCCGUCGGUGGCCGCAGCCGUAGCCGAAGCCGCCAAGGCCGAUUCUCGCCUUACCCGAUCCCUGGCGUCAAGCUCGACCUCUUAAGAAGUGUGCUGCAGCAGCGUCUGGUUGCCAUGGGAACUGCCCUGGCAGCCCGCAUCUCGGCGUAGAACAAACGCCUCCUCUCCCGUAGCUUGCAAACAAGGCCUCUCUGAAAUCA